AGCUCAUCUCUUCCUCUUGAUUUGGUGUAAACUUUGUUGUCUUGUCUUUUUCUUCAUCCCUCUCUUACAUAUCAUUUUUUUUCCUUCUGAUCCUCCAAAACUCUCUAUAACCAUUCCAAUGGGACACGGCCCACGCUCCCAACCAUUGGAUUUGACCAACAUCUUCAAGAUUUCAAAAAAUAAGCCAUUGAAAGACGUCACCAAGGCUUACAAAUCGCUCAUAUCCAAACGGAGUCAUGACAAGAAAAGCCCCGGGAAUCCGACAACAUCCCCAGGGUCCGAGGAAUUUGAUAAUAAGAGAGUGGAUGAAGAUAUUUGGAGUCCUAAAUUUUUGUCAAGGGCAGCAAGUAGAUUAUCCAAAACACCAACACCAAAAUCAAGGCCUAUGUCAAGAAAUGGAAGCAGGAGAUCAUGCACAACACCAAGUUCUCUAUCAAGAAAUUCUAGUCGAAAGAGUGCUACAGAAAUUGCUGCAUCAUCUAUCAAAAGGAUGAUGAGCAAAAGGAGUUCCUCCGCUUCUUUGUCAAGGAACAAAACAUUGGACAUCUCUGAACCUGAGUUAACAAGCCAUGCCGCCUCUCCAAGAUAUGACACAGGCACAAAAGGGAGCACCGAACAUAUGUCUGGAAUCUCUCUUUCAAGCAAUCUGAGCCAUAGAUCCACAACACCUAUCGUAUUUUCACAGACAACAUCUAGAAAGAAACCCCCAGAUGUUGAGACAAAGCUACAUUGCACACUUGAGGACUUAUGUUUUGGAUGCAAAAAGAAGAUUAGAAUUAGCAGAGAUGUCAUCAAAUAUCCUCCUGGGGUAAUUGUCCAACAGGAGGAAGUCUUAAAAAUUGAGGUAAAGCCAGGAUGGAGAAAAGGAACAAGGAUUACAUUUGAAGGAGUGGGUGAUGAGAAACCUGGAUACCUGCCUGCUGAUGUAAUAUUCUUGAUUGAUGAAAAGAAACACCCUUUGUAUAGCAGAGAUGGCGAUGAUUUGGAAUUAUGUGUUGAGAUUCCUCUAGUGGACGCACUUACAGGCUGCUCCAUACCAAUCCCUCUAUUGGGAGGGGAAAAUAUGGCUCUGUCAUUUGAGAAUACAGUAAUACACCAUGGAUAUGAGAAGGUUAUUAAAGGUCAAGGAAUGCCAAACGCCAAAAAGAAUGGGACAAGAGGUGAUCUUCGUGUCAAAUUCCUGAUUGAUUUUCCCAAAACCUUAACUGAAGAACAGCGGAGAGAAGCUGCCAGUAUCUUGCAAGAUUGUUGCCAAUGAUUGCUACAAAAUAGAGGACAACAGAAUAUUUUAUUAUCAGUUUAAGAAAUUUCUGGUAUCGUGCAUGCAUAUUCAAUCCUAUCC